CUCAGGACCAGUUCAGGUCUGGCGGUGCUAAACUACUUAGCUACCGCCGUUUCUCCCGUCUUCAACAACACACCGCACACAGAGGUAGCCGAGCUUAUCAACUAGCUAAAUCAUGGUGAAUGUAAAGAAACGGAAAGGUCGAGUCGUUAUCGACUCUGACUCUGAAGACAGCGCUAGUGAUGAUAAUUUAGAUCAGGAGCUCCUGUCUCUGGCCACCAAGAGGAAGAGGGUGGACUCGGAUGACCAGCAGGACGACCAGCAGGAUGACCAGCAGGACAACCAGCCGGUCAGCAAGCCCGCAGCCUCAUCAGACUCAGAGACAUCAGACAGUGAUGAUGAGUGGACCGCCGGUGGUCCUAAAGUCAAGAAGAAGGUCAAGCCAGGGAAACCGACGGCAACAGAGAAGAAGAAAGAGGCAGCGAAGAAGAGGGUUCAUAAAGCUGCUUCGUCCGGGAGUUCUGGUGGAGACAGUUCUGCUGACAGCUCUGCCCCCGAGGAGGGUGAGGUGUCUGACUCAGAGAGCAACAGCUCUGCCUCCAGCUCAGACUCCUCGUCGGAGGACGAUGUCUUCAGGGACGGCUACGGAGAGGACCUGAUGGGAGACGAGGAGGACAGGGCUCGGCUGGAGCAGAUGACUGAGAAGGAGAGGGAGCAGGAGCUCUUCAACAGAAUAGAGAAGAGGGAGGUGCUCAAGAGGAGAUUUGAAAUUAAAAAGAAGCUGAAAACAGCGAAGAAGAAGGAGAAAGAGGAGAAGAAAAAGAAACACGAAGAAGAACACAAGAAGCGUGAGAGAUCAUCCAGCGGUCAUCAUGAGGACCGAAGUCAUCAGGACCAGCAAGUGGUUAUGUCUCACAACAAGGAGAGGAGAACUAAACGGGAUGAGAAACUAGAUAAAAAGUCUCAGGCCAUGGAGGAACUGAAAGCAGAGAGAGAGAAGAAGAAAACCAGGACAGCGGAGCUCCUGGCGAAACGGCUGCCCCUGAAAACCAGCGAGGUUUACUCAGACGAUGAGGAGGAGGAAGAGGAGGAGGAUGACGACAAAUCAUCUGUAAAGAGCGAUCGCAGUUCACACUCUUCAUCUUAUUCCGAAGACGAGGAGAAAGAGGAGACGCCACCGAAGUCGCAGCCCGUGUCACUACCAGACGAACUGAACCGCGUGCGUCUGUCCCGACACAAACUGGAGCGCUGGUGUCACAUGCCGUUCUUCCAGAAGACCGUGAACGGUUGCUUCGUACGGAUAGGCAUCGGGAACAGUAGUAGCAAACCAGUUUACAGGGUGGCUGAAAUAGUUGACGUGGUAGAGACGGCUAAGGUGUACCAGUUGGGAACGACCCGGACGAACAAAGGACUACAGUUACGGCAUGGUGGUGACACCCGAGUCUUCAGACUGGAGUUUGUGUCCAAUCAGGAGUUCACAGAAAACGAGUUCAUGAAGUGGAAAGAGGCGAUGAUCAUAGCCAGUAUGCAGGUUCCCACUCUAGAUGAGAUCAAUAAGAAGGAGCAGGCCAUCAAAGAGGCUUGUAACUACAAAUUCAACGACAAAGACAUAGAGGACAUCGUAAAAGAGAAAGACCGAUUCCGAAAGGCGCCUUCCAACUACGCCAUGAAGAAAACAUCACUACUCAAAGACAAGGCCAUGGCUGAGGAGAGUGGAGAAGGAGACCGAGCCAAAGAGAUCCAGGACCAGCUGAAUGAGUUGGAGGAGAGGGCCGAGCAUCUGGACAGACAGAGGACCAAAAACAUCUCUGCCAUCAGCUACAUCAACCAGAGGAAUCGGAGCUGGAACAUUGUUGAGUCUGAGAAAGCCCUAGUGGCGGAGGGACAGAAUGCCAAGCUGCAGAUGGACCCGUUUACUAGACGGCAAUGCAAACCAACCAUGGUGUCUAACGCCAGAGACCCUUCAGUCCAUGCAGCUAUCCUCCAACACCUCAAUGAGAAGUACGGAGAAGGGUCGGGCAAAGAGAUGGACUUGGAGUUUGAGAUGGGCAGGGGAGCGGGACAGGCUGCUCUGAAAGUCAUCGACCCGACUAAGAACACCAGCGACCUAUCAGAGGACCUCUUUAAAGUUCACGACUUUGACGUCAAGAUCGACCUACAGGUUCCCAAUGCAGAAGCCAAGUCUCUGUCAGUGAGCGCCAACACCCUGGCAGUGAAGGACGGCGCUCCACGUAGGUCUCUCAACCUGGAGGACUACAAGAAGAGGAGGGGCUUGAUCUAAAGAACUACAGGAAGAAGAGGGGCUUCAACUAAUGAUCAAAUGGCCUAAAACCUCAGUCAGUCAGAACCACCUGCAUGUUGGUUGGCCAUUCGCCCCAGGGCACCAGUGUGUGUGUUUGAGGGAUGUGUGUGUGUGUUUGAGGGAUGUGUGCGAGAGAGCUGUGUGUGUUUAAGGGAAGAGAGCAUGUGUGUGUGUGUGUGAGAGAGAGAUGUGUGUGUGUGAGAGAGAUGUGUGUGUUUAAGGGAAGAGAGAGAGUGAGUGAGUGUGAGAGAUGUGACCGUAUCCUUGAGUGUGUUUGAGAGAGGUGUGUGUGUGUGUGUGUGUGUGUGUGUGUGUGUGUGUGUGUGUGUGUGUGUGUGUGUGUGUGUGUGUGUGUGUGUGUGUGUGUGUGUGUGUGUGUGAGAGAGGUGUGUGUGUGUGAGAGAGGUGUGUGUGUGUUUGAGAGAGGUGUGUGUGUGAGAGGCUGUCCACCUUAAACCGAUAGGAAAUAUUAAUUAAGAGAAGACAACUUUUUUUUUUUCUCUCUCAAAGGUUCUCUCUUAGAAGACAAUUGUCCCCCUUUACUUUCUUCUCAUUAUUAUGUGGUAAAAAUCGUACUUGGAAUUGUGUUAUUUUUCUUUUGUAAUUUCUAAGUUUUUAUAAAUAAAUCUAACGUUGGUUCUCCCUCA